AUGGACCUGUCCGAGACGACCGAGCAUCACGGAGAUGGCUCGAGGACGCCUAGGCCCGGGAAUCUGACGCCUAGUCCGCCAAGAAGUCGGGCGGGGUCGGGCAAUGGGAAGCGGACCCUGGAUGAGAAGGGGAGAUUGUGGAAAGAGGAUGAAGGGGAGGUGGCUAGGUUGAUGAGGACUGUGGACUUUGCGGCGAGGAAACAUACUUGCCAGAGAAGAAAGGAUUUAGACCAAACACCAUACAUCAAUCACCCAAUAGCGGUAUCGAACUUCCUCUCGUCCACCGGUAUCACGGACGUACGGGUCCUGCAAGCUGCGAUACUUCACGACACCGUGGAAGAUACACCCACCACCAUAGAGGAGAUCGCUGAACACUUCGGACCCGACGUAGCUCGUAUCGUCCAAGAAUGCACCGACAACCCAAACCUCUCAGGCCAAGGCGCAAAAGCCGAGCAGGUCCGCUCUGCGCCACACAAGUCGAAAGAGGCUCAACAGGUCAAGCUUGCCGAUAAACUGCACAACCUCGAAUCAAUCAGGAGAGCACCGCCUGUCGGAUGGGGCGUGCGACGGGUCCAGGCGUACUUUAUCUGGGCGAAGCAGGUGACGGAUAUCUGCGGACCAUCCCAUCCUGCCCUCGCUAAACGGCUGCAGAGGCUAUACGAGACGGCCUACACCGAGAUUGACGGGAAGUACAUCCCUUGUCAUCCCGAAGUAUGCGGCCCUCUGCUCGAGGAAGAGAAGUCGAGGAUAGACAAAAGGUUGCAUCACCUGAAGAAGGGCGAGAAGCCAUGUCCCAUGCCGAUCUUCUUCUGA